AUGUUAACCAACUGGUUUUCGCAACCUGCAGGUGCCCGGUCCUCAACCGAUGAUCCUCGCGGCCCCGACGCUGAGGAUGACACUCUUGUGAUGGAGCCUGAUCAGGGCAAUGUCCUCUCGCACAUCAUCUCCCAGUUGCGACCAGGAGCCGACCUCAGCCGUGUCGUCCUUCCUACCUUUAUCCUCGAACCCCGCAGCAUGCUUGAGCGCAUCACAAACUUCAUGUGCCACCCUGAGAUGCUACUUCCGAUUCCAACCAUAGAUGAUCCCGUCGAGCGUUUUGUAUCCGUAGUCAAGUUCUACCUCAGCGGGUGGCACAUUCGUCCCCCAGGCGUCAAGAAACCCCUGAACCCCAUCCUUGGUGAAAUAUUUACUUGCUACUGGGAUUUCGAAGAUGGAAAGCGAGCAUACUAUAUCUCUGAGCAGACAUCUCACCACCCGCCCAAGUCGAGCUACUUCUACAUGGCCCCCGACCACCAUAUACGCAUCGAUGGAACUCUUAAGCCCCGAAGUCGUUUUCUUGGAAACUCUGCUGCCAGUCUCAUGGAAGGUAUUGCCUUCUUGAACCUGCUUAACCGAGGCCAGGACCCUGCGAAAGGAGAGCAAUACAUCCUGACACAACCGAAUAUGUACGCCAGAGGUAUUCUGUUUGGCAAGAUGAAAUACGAGCUCGGAGACCACAGUUUUGUCCGAUGCCCUGAGCUCGAUCUGGUUGCCGACGUCGAUUUUAAAACAAAGGGCUGGGUUGGUGGCACUUACAACGCCAUUGGAGGAGUGAUCAAGAGAGAGAGCACUGGCGAAGUCUUGUUCGAGCUUUCUGGUCUCUGGAGUGAGGAGAUGUACAUCAAGGAUAUGACGACCGGUCACCGUGAGAUGUUCUUCAACGCUCAACGAUCAAAGCCUUCAUCACCUUCUGUGCGACCAAUUGAGGAACAGGAGGAGCGAGAAUCCCAACGUCUGUGGGACAAGACUGCCAGAGCUGUCAAGGAGCGAAACCACGAGCUUGCGACAGACGAGAAGACCAAGAUUGAAGACCGACAGCGUGAGGAGGCUGCUCAACGAGCCCAGGAAAACAUCGAGUGGCACCCACGUUUGUUCAGGAGAGCUCAGGGCGGCCCUGGUGGCCUGGAAGAAGGUGAAGAGGAUCUCGAAUGGAUCAUUAACGCGAACAUCGAUCACUCUGCCUCCCCUGAGAAGCAAGCCGAGCAAAUCAUGGCAAUUUACCCCAUCAUUAACGGACAGAAGCACAACCAGCAAAAUGUCAUUCCUCCUCACAGCCCAUCCGCCAAACCUGCUCAAGCGGCAGUAGUACCGCCUGUCCAGAACAACAUCGACGACAACCUGAUCGAUUUCGAUGACACACCAGCACCAGUCAAGACUGAGCAGCCCCAGCCCACUGAACAAACGCCAAAAGAGUCCGAGAUUCAAGGCAUGCUGAACUCUACAGGAAAGCCGGCUAACGGACCCCUCCUUGAUUUUACAAGCGACAUGAAGAAGGACCUACCACCCACCACACAACAAUAA